AUGCCCAACAUCAGCAUGAAAAUGAAGAAACAAGCAACCGCAAAGGUCGGUGUUAGAAAAAUCAUGAAAGACGUGAUCAGCUCUUUACCUGAUGUGAUACUCCAACAUAUACUUUGCCUCAUUCCAACCAAGUUAGCCAUCAGUACUAGUCUUCUCUCAAAACGAUGGAGGCAUGUAUGGUGCGACGUACCUUCUCUCUACUUCGUUGAUUACAAACCUGAUGAUGAUUCUAUUGAAAAAACCCUAAGUUACCACACUGCUCCCAAGAUGAUGAACUUCCACCUAUAUACCAUGAGCAAUCUUUACAUAGACAAGUGGAUCAAGUUCGCCAUCGCCCGCGACGUGGAGAAUCUGUCUUUGAAAGUCCGACAUCAACAGUGUGAUGUUCCUGAUAUCUUCUUCAUCAAUACCUCUGUGAAGCAACUCAAGUUUAAGUUAUCUUUCACUGAUUUAACUCCCAAAGACUCUGUGGUCUGGACAUCGUUGAGGAAGUUGUAUUUGGGUUCUUGUAGAGUGUCGGAUGAAUCCAUUGCUAAGAUUCUAUCUGGUUGUCCAGUUCUUGAAACCUUAACAUUGCAUUUUUGCGAUAAACUGUUGGUUCUUGAUCUCAGCAAAUCAUUGCGUUUGACAACACUACAAGUGGACCGCAACAUUUGGGUUCCCGGGCCAACGCAGAUCAUAGCACCACAUAUCCAUUGUCUUAGAUUAAGAAACUCUCUGUUACCUUGUACUUUAGUUGAUGUCUCGUCUUUAACCGAAGCGAAAAUGGAUAUUUGCUUCAGCCAUCUGCGAAAGACAGUGAAUGCUGAUGUUCUUCAAGUAAUGGUGCUAAAGAUGCUAGAAAAGUUACAGAACGCAGAGAAGCUUACUUUUGGAGGAAACUUUCUUCAGGUUUUAUCUCUUGCCGAGCUUUGUGGUGUUCAUUUUCCGAUGUUGAAGGUCAAAUAUUUGGCUCUGGAGACAGUGAUCUUUCAGUAUGUUGUUCCUGGUAUCGAAAGGCUGUUACAAAACUCACCUUGCUUAAAGAAGCUAACCUUACGCGCAAGGGACUGCAACAUUAUACCGGGCCUAGACGAGUACCUAACUACGCGAGGCUUGAAUCCUGAUCAAUGCUGGAGAUCAAAUGAUGGAGUCUUCUGGAACAAGAACCGUUGGGAUUUAGAGUCAAAGCAUAUAACUUCAUUCGUGGAACUUGUGGUUAAAAACGCAAAGACACUAGAAAAGAUAAACCUACUCUUGAAUGAACAUUACCUUGGGUUUAAGUUGAUCCUUCCUACACUUUCUCACAACAAUGUCUCUAUUAAUAUUGCGCUCUCAGACAAACUGAUCAUGAUUAAAUCAGAUCAUUGGUGUGAAUAA